GUCUUGCCGCUCCAUUAGAAUUUCAACCUAAUGUCUUCUCCUGUGGAGGAUCGUCGCAGGUCUAGAAAAUCCGCUCCAGUCAAGAAUGCCGUUUUUUUAGGGGCUAUCAAUAAAGGGCGUUCGCGUAUCAGUCCGUUAGUGACUCAAAGUCCUGUAGAUAAAUUAAGUCAUAAUGACCGGGAAAAUGGUCGAAAGUUGGAAAUUUCGUCUCAAACAGUAAGAAAUAGCAGGUCAUCUACUCAGAAAGUCAACCCAUCGACCCCUUUCCGCAUGUCUACGCCUGUUAGGAACUGUGAGACAACUCCUAGAUACAGAACCCGGCACCGAUCUAAAGAGGAAUGCAAUGACCACAACAGAUCACGAAGCAUUUUGUCCUCGAUUGGAAGUCGCAGAAAAUUCCAUCCAAACUACGACCCACUUAUUGAAAUCAGGCGCGCUCAGGAACGCCUCGACCGCUAUCGCACUCAAGGAGACUGGAAAGUCGAUAUGCUGUUGUCCGACGAUGCAGACGAAGAUCUGAGUCGAUAUGAAGAAAAACUGAAACGAAGAUUAACAGAAAAAGGGGAAACACAGCAACCUAUUGAACUUGAAAGGAGGCAAAUGGAAUUGUUGAGGAGGCAGAAGGACAUUGAUAUGGGAAAAGUGACAGAACGCUACGCUGAAUAUGUGUUGAGUAUCCCAAAACCUGAGCGCCAGAAGUAUCAUCCUCGUACUCCCAACAAGUUCCGUAAAGUUUCUCGCCGUGCAUGGGAUGGGAUGAUUCGGAAGUGGCGCAAACAUUUACAUAAUUUCGAUAAUCUUAAUUUUGAAGAUACUUGGCGUUCCUUAUCAACUGAUCUCUCGAGUAAUUUUUCUGGUUCAUCAUGGGUUUUGGAAAGUGGUGCAUCUAGUGACACUGAAAAUAUAAACCCAGAGGAAUAUCAUAUUGCUUUAGUAAACCAUAGCCAACCUCUGUCUCGUACAUUUCUAAGUCCAAAGGAUCUUACAGCGUCACCAACUAUUAACGUUUCAUACAGCCGUCAUCAGUAUCGUAAGUACGAUGAAGAUGAAGAUACAUUACAAUCGAAUCCAAGACACUGUAAAGAAGAGGAACGUUUUCCAACUAUUGCACCUAAAGAGGAAGAGGAGGACACUUUGACUGGUUCGUCUAGCAUUCAUGAAAACCGAAGAAUAACGCGAAAUUCUAAAAUGCUUUCUGGGCCUUCUGCCGAUGUGUUACACAGUGGACUUACAAACGAUAUGCAAUCACUUGCUGCAGUUGCUCAAAAAAGGUCUUCAGUACAUCUCGAUCAAAGCAUUGUUGGUAAACGCCCAGUAGAUAUUCAAAGUUUCACUGACUUUCCUCAUUUGAAUUCGUCUGAUGGUGUUUUUUCUCCAAAUAAACGAAUUAAGUGUGGUGGUGUAAAACAUGAAGGAUGAAGUUAAUUACAAUACCUCUGGUUCGUUUACAUGGGAUUAUAUUUAGAUAUAUGAACUUUUUGCUGAGAACAGUUAACUUUAUUGUUUUUUGUCUGUUAUUCGUCUUUUAAUGAACCUCCUUUAAUUUUGCCUCAUUUAUUACGUGUUUAUUGUUUAUUCCUGUCGUUUCAAACAACUUGCUAAAUUUUCAAAGAUUCAUUACUUCAGUAAUCUUUCUCUCUAAUGAUUUCAGUCACCAAGUGAUUGUUUUUACUAAUUUGUUUUAUAAAUAUUCAGAAUGUUAUAAAUUUAACAUUUUAAGUUAUAUGUUUUCAACUAUGUAUCAUGAAGCAUGUUCUGAAAGAGAUUUGGUUAAUUAUCUUUAAUUCUGUUUUUAUGUAUAGAAAUAAUGUUAAUAUUAAGCAGAACUUUGAUCACUAUGUAAUAUGUAUAUGACUAAUUAGCCCGAUUAAAAUUCUAUGUAAAAACUUUUAUAGCACUAUUUAUUUGGAUUAAGCAGGUUUUUAUUCCACACAGUACAUUCGGUACUUCUAAAGGCUAACUAAUUAAAGUUAACAUUUAUUUCAACUUUCCUAUAAUCGUAUUAACAGGGAGUUUCAGGAAGUAUAACACUUAUGCUUGCAACACUCCAACUCCGCCACCCGAACAAAAGAGGGUUGAGCAUGGGGUUAGGAAUCCCAUCCCAUAGGAAAAGACCUUGCUAAUGCUAACCAGGAAAAACCACUUAAACUCUGUCAAAGGAUCUUCAUUUAUGAGUUAUGUCACGUAAUGAAGCUGGGAUUUGUCGGAAGUCACAAGGCUGAUGCUCCUUUUAAAAACCAGAACAAUUAACGCAGGCACAUGGAUCGUCCGGACAAUGUGGGAAACCGGGAAAAUUAAUCAAAUAGAUGCGAAACUGAAGGGAUAUAACUUCGCGGUGAUAAGUGAAACACAUUGGACGCAAAUAAGUGGGUAAAGUUUUGACACUCAACCACCACAGGUGACCUACUUACCUGACUUAAGCACUGAAUACUCAUUCCCAUAUUUGUGGGGACUCAUCUAUCUUCUAGCUUAAAUUAUUUUAUUUCUAAUUAGAAAUCCCAGAUGUAAAUAUACUAAUAACCUAUCAUAUAGUAUCACUAUGCUUGCUCUUAUUCUGAAAACAAGCAGUCAGGUGGAACAUAAGUAUCUUUUCAGUAAUCUUAAACCUAUACGAUCUUCAUCUGCGAGUUGGAAAGGGUUUACCAUGAAUUGAAAUAAGAUUAAACUGCAUGAAUUUUCUGCACAUUUAGGAAACCAGCAGAUGUUUAUUUUGUGAUAUGAGAAGAAUCAGAGUGUACGUGUCACGAUCCGUUGUAUGAUCUACAAGAACAAAGUUCACUUCGCAAACUUUCAAAUAUUGUUUUUAAUUGUCCACUCAUUUAGUCCAUUGGGUGGCUUGUUUGUAGAAACAGUGUACUGUUGAUCUGAGAGAUUUUUUUGUAAUCGACCAGCUAAAAUAAAGUGCUUAUGUUUAAACUGUCGAGUUACUUUCAACUCAUCGAAUUAAACUGACAUUGUCCUAACUGCCAGUAUCACUCGCCACUUCUUACGACGGAGGUAUAAGGCUAGGACGUGCAUAUUUAACGAUCAGCUCUGUUAGAUUUUUUGGAUGACCGACGGUUACUCACAAAAAUAUUGAACCAGUAUUCCAAAUAAAUAAAUAGAAGACACAAUAGCUGGUUAGUAAGUCUAUCCAGCAAAAUAUGACGCUCAUAUUUACCUGCUAUGUAGCACAAAAAUAAACAUUAAAAGUUGUUCAGCAUAUAAAUGGUUGUAAAUUACUGACUGUAGACCGUUUACUAGCUAAUGAAACGAUCCUAGAUAUCAGGUUGAUUUGUUCUGCACGUCACCUUUUCUAAAUCAGGUUCAGUAUUCUAUGUAAGUAUAUGCGAAACGUCUUUGUCAGUGGUUUCCCGUUCACUGACUUCAUUGCAGUUAUGAAAACUUGGAACAUAGUACAAAGAAGAAUAAAGUCAAUUCGGUGAUUAAGAUAAUGAACCGCCCAAUGUUACAUCAACAUUGAAAACCUGGACGGUCAUUUCGCCCUAGUUUGGGACUCACCGAAGACAGUCGCGCAAUAUCGUGGGUUGACUGAAGUUGGACAUUACCACCGUUGGAGGCCGGCUAGGCGUGGGACGGAAGAUCCUGGGCCCGGCUCCUGCGUGCGGGUCCGUGGAUGCGCACUGCUGAGUCUCAUAUUAGGACGAAGCACCCGUCCAGUGCUUCCAGGUUUA